CUGAACCAGUUGGACUAUUCGGCUCGCGCUGCUCCAGGACUUCCGCUUGUUAAUUAACAUAACAGUGAUGUGUCCAAGGAAACCAGCCUGCUACUAUAUUUGGCACGUAAACAGAGGCCUGUCAUCACUCUAGUUGCUAUUUAAGUGACUUGUUCCAGGCUUUCUUGAGCAAGAAAGAGUGCGAAAAGCGACAUCAGCUUCAGUCCCAUGUUGUCGCCGAACCAGACCGAACAUGCCCGCUCCAAAGAUCCGGUGAAAUACGGCGAACUGGUUAUACUGGGGUACAAUGGCUCCCUUCCUGGUGGAGAUAAGGGAAGGAAAAGGAGUCGCUUUGCUCUAUACAGGAGGGCAAAAGCUAAUGGUGUCAAGCCAAGUGCUGUGCACAUCCUCAACAACCCACAAGACAGCAAGGCGGUUAAUAGCAGGGGACAGCACAGUCUCUCCUUCACGGUCUCUAGGAAUCAGACUGUGGUGGUGGAAUACUGUCAUGAUGACGACACAGAUAUGUUCCAGAUUGGCCGUUCCACUGAGAGCCCCAUAGACUUCGUGGUGACGGAUACACCAGGAGGAUCAAAAGAGAGCGAGGACUCCGUUGCGCCCAGCACCAUCUCACGCUUUGCUUGCAGGGUGGUGUGUGAGCGCAACCCCCCCUACACUGCCCGUAUUUACGCAGCUGGCUUUGACUCCUCCAAAAACAUUUUCCUUGGGGAAAAAGCAACAAAGUGGAAGAACCCAGAUGGUCAGAUGGAUGGCCUUACAACCAACGGAGUACUGGUGAUGCAUCCACAAGGUUUCCCAGAAGAGUCCGAGCAGGGCAUGUGGCGGGAGAUUUCUGUCUGUGGAAACGUCUACACUCUGAGAGAGACCAGGUCUGGCCCCAUCCGUGGCCAACUGGCUCAGGGUGAAAGCAGUGCCCUGAAGGACGGCUCUCUGGUAGACCUGUGUGGUGCAACAUUGCUGUGGCGCACAGCCGAAGGCCUGCUUAAAGCGCCCACUCUACGUCACCUGGACGCACUGCGUCUGGAGCUGAAUGCAGCGCGUCCACAGUGCCCAGUGGGCUUAAGCACGCUGGCAUUCCCCAGCCUACUCCGUAGCCACAGCCUGGAGGAACGCCAGCCUUGGGCUUACUUAACCUGUGGCCAUGUGCACGGCCGACAUGACUGGGGCGAGAAGCCCGAGCAUAGCCGCGAGCGCGAGGGAGGUCCCAGCACAGGUGGCAGACGGGAGUGCCCUUUGUGCAGGUCACUAGGGCCUUACGUGCCCUUGUGGCUGGGCUGUGAGCCUGCAUUCUAUGUGGACGCAGGUGCUCCCACCCAUGCUUUUGUUCCCUGCGGCCACGUGUGCUCAGAGAGGACGGCAAAGUAUUGGGCUGAGACAUCGCUGCCACACGGGACCCACGCCUUCCAGCCCAUAUGCCCGUUCUGCUCCAUGCCUCUGACAAACUCACCUGGCUUCACCCGCCUCAUCUUUCAAGGGCCUGUCGAUUGACAAGUAGCCACAACGGGGUACAAAGCGUAAUAGGAGUGCUUUCUUGGGAGUGUGUUUAUACUGUAGAUACACAUGCUGAAAUCACAUGCAAAUCUACCGUAGCUUCCUUAGUAUAUGCACACACUUAACUCAGUAUGUGUAUUUUGCAUUUGAAUGCAGCCCUGAGUUAGCCUGGUGAACAACAUGUGUUUAAUCUUGCUAGUAAUAUCACCGUAUUUCUUUCAUGGAUUCAGUCAGGAAUUGACCAGUAGUCAGCCAGAUCAACAUGCCCUGAUGAGUUACAGAGGCAGUUCAUAUUCGAUGAUGUUUUGAAGCAAAUGACUAAUUGAUUGAAGCUAUUGAGAUCCAUACUUGCCAUAUUAACAAGUAUGGCAUAACUGAAAAAUCAGAAUCGCAGUGAAAACAAGGCUUUUUGGGUUUAGCAAGAGCUUAUUUACCGUACCAACUUGCUAAUUUGUGAUGGUGAUGUACACAAGUAGUGCCAGACAGAAUCUAUGGAACUGAUACAGAUUUACAGUACCAUGUAUCUCUUGAGUUUAAAGGUGCCAUAGGACGUAUUUAUUAAGCGUUUUAAAUUGUUCAUCCAUCCAUUAUCCGUAACCGCUUAUCCUGGGCAGGGUCGCGGGUAAGCCGGAGCCUAUCCCAGCUGACUAUGGGCAAGAGGCGGGGUACACCCUGGACAAGUCGCCAGAUCAUCGCAGGACUGACACAAACAACCGUUCACACCUACGGUCAAUUUAGAGCCAUCAAUUAACCUAACCUGCAUUCUUUAGACUGUGGAGGAAACCCAUUGGGAGAACAUGCAAACUCCACACAGAAAGGCCCCUGUCGGCCACCGGGCUCAAACCCAGAACCUUCUUGCUGUGAGGCGACUAGGGCUGUAACGAUACACCCAACUCACGAUUCGAUUCGUAUCGUGAUUUUUGACCCACGAUUCGAUACACCCACGAUUUUUUUAAAAUGCAUUUUUAAAGUAGUAAAUUUGACUUAUUAACAUUUACUUACUUACAUUAACUAUUUAAUAACAAAUAAUUCAGACCACUGCAGAGAAUGAGUAAUAUGUAUGCAAAAAUGAACAAAUGUAUAUCCAAAGACUGUUUUAUUUCUCAAAAUAAUACUGUUGAGCCGGAAGCUCUGGGUUUUUUUUCGGUUCUGAAAAAGUCAUUUUUCCAAAUUGUGUAAAUCCAUUAACAUUUUUUUUUGGGGGGGUGGCUCUCUCAUAGGGCCAAUGAUUUUCUGUGAUCGCGGAAAACAGAUGGAAAAUACGGAAUUUUUAUGGUGAAACAUUGCUCGCGUGUCAAAAUGUAACUGCCGUAGAAGGCUUCCGCCCAAGCAGACAUGCCUUCAAUGUUGCCAGAUAUUGCUAACGUUUUCCACCCCAAAAUAUGUUCAAUACCAGCCAAAAAGCACCUAAACCCGCCCAAUCUGGCAACACUGCAUGCCUUUCCGGUCAAGUGAUUGUGAUUGGCUUGUGGCACACCUAGCCAGCCAAUGAGUUGCUUGUUUACAGAUUCGCUCCCCGCGUCGCAACCAGAAUGGCGACCGCUUAAAAGAAAUGAAUGCUCUGCCAGUGGCGAGUGUGGACGUUGCGUGACUCGCAGAAGAUUGUCGCAGGUCAGCGAAAAAAUGACUUACUAAUAGAUAUAAAAAAUAAAAGUAAUUUAAGUAAGUUUAAAAUGUAAUUUAAAUAAAAAGUAAAGUAUUCAUAAAAUAAAGUUUGGAAGCACCUCUGUUUUUGGGCUGAGGAGAAGUUUGAAAGGGUGUACCGCGAUUCUGCCUUCUUGUAUCGCGACACGGAUCGUGGCUCUGCGUAUCGCGAUUUCGAUACGCAUAUUGUUACAGCCCUAGAGGCGACAGUGCUAACCACUACACCAUCCCUUAAAGUGUUCAUUAAUGUCUAAAUAGAAGCUAUGCGACAACCCUGUGAUUUGGCUCUAGAAUGAAACAAGCUGUUUUUGCCUUUUCAGUGUGCUCAUUAAUAAGUUGAUGUAUUAAUAAGCUGAUAAUUUGAUUGGCUGGUUCGUGAGGGCACUUUAGCAGCCUACACCAUUUGGAGCUGAUACGAUGUACUCUGAAAUGCAGAGUCAUACUUCAGCUCUGAGACAAAACGAAUUUAAACAGAUCGACUUGUCCAAUGAGAAUCAUUUCCCCUUCAAUGGUGGAGAAGCUCACGUUAGCUAGAAGGUGCGAGUUAGCUGUAGCGUGGAUAUCUCUCGAAUCAACCGAACUAGCUUCUGAAUGAUAUCUUGUUGAAGACAAAAGAUGAUAAAUUAGAAAUUUACUUUCCGAAGAAUAUUGACAAAGACGCAUCUUUAUAUUGUAGAUUUAUAUUCAUCAUACAAUGUACUUAGCUAUGCUAGCUACUUGGAGCUUGCUAGUAGCUAACGUUGCCUGUGCUAGCUACCUGCUUUUGAGCUCGACAAUAACACAAAGUAAAUUAAAGUUCUUGGGUAACUAUGAAACUUUCAAUUUAAGAUGAUUUGGCUUCAACUGACAAAAAAAAAAAAAAAUCGAUAAAAUCACACAGCCUGGCUAGCUACUUUCAGCUUGGGGUUGUAUUGCUAAUAAGGUUGGAACUGCCCCUCACUUCAGUGUCAAAUACUGAGCGAAGACCAGACGGUGUCUAAAACCUUGGAUAAUAUCGAGCAAGGUCAAAUUAAAGUUGUCAGGGCUCCUGUUAAAGAUGAACAUCAAUUAUGCCUGUUGACGGUGUGGGUUCUUGGGAAGGUUAUGAAAGGUUCUGACAUGCCCUUCCAGCCUGGAGCAGCACAUUUGUGCACAUAGUCUGCUAUUUUUGUUGCUGUCGCUUUGUUGCUUUAUUUUUCACAAAACCUGCAGAACUGUUGAAGUUUUAGCUGUACAGUAGGGUGCAUCAGUUGCCCCCCAAAAUGAAAAGUUCCUCCGAUCAUGAUGCAUUUUUGUUUUUAUGUUCCUUUUGGUAAGAAAACACACUGGGUGAAAUAUUUUGACAAAAUUCAAAAGUUUAAUGGUGGCACCAGGAGCUCAAAGUUAUGGAAAAAGCUGCUAUUUUAUGACAAAAUUUCGAUCACUUUUCAUGAAACAUUAUGGCACCUUAUAGAGUAUACCAAAUAUCUUAGAUACACAUUUUUAGUACAUAUUCUAAAUAUAUUCUCAAGCACAGUUUGAGUUUUAGCUGUUCAUUGAAUCAUUGUUCAACUACUUUUAAACAAUACAAAUGUAUUAUGAAUCACAUUAAUGCUUCUCAAUCCCUUGCAAAGGUUCUUAACAUGAUCUCUGGGUCACAAGGAAUCAAUAAUGGAGUCCAACAUUGUGAUUCAAACCUUACGCAAAAACAUUAAGCGUUUUUUGGCAAAAAUGAACCUCAUGGUGCCACCAUUAGACUUUUGAAUAUGGUCAAAAAAUUUUACAGGAUGUCUUUAUUGGUGAAAAGGAACACCCAAACAAAAAUGCAUCGGAUUUUAUGAAAGUGAGGGCAACUGAUGCACCCUGCUGUACAGUUCCAUGGUAAUAUAGCCUGGGGUAUGCAAAUUUUGGGGGUGUAAAUAUGAAUGCGUCACUACUGUUAUGAACUAGAUCAGGAUUUUGGAAUUAGCCAAUUUUUCUACCGCCUUUUGCAUACAUGGGAUUUGCUUCCGAAGGACACAACAGUGUUUGAGAUUCACGGCAUGUCAGUCCUAUGUACCAAAAACUCCUUUUUCAACUAUGCCAAAGUAAAUAGAGAUUUUCCUUCUAUGGCACCUUUAAAAUUGCAGCAUAAUCCCCACCUAUUGCAUACUAAUUACUGGGCCUUUGGAUGCUUGUAAUAAGUUUUUUGGAAAAUUAGAUCGCAAGUCUUUGUUGUUUUAUUAGUUAUUAGGAUCUCAGGACAGGAAAUGGGCACCUGCUAUGGAAACCUGUGACUUCUCGAAAGUUUACAUCUAGCCUUUAAUCUAGGGAGUACAUGUCCAUGCUGUUGAUGGACCCCUACCUCCAUCUAUGGGCAAUUGUACUGCUUCCUCGGUGCAUUACACGUGCUUUCACUGCACUUAACACUAAAAAGGAAACACCCUUCUUCAACACUCAUUUUAAGCAAUAAGCAUUCCUAGAAGUAAGCUAAAGCUCAAAGGAGAGAUGCAACGACUCAAGCGUGUACUACCUGAUUCGAGCGCAUGUGUAGUGAACUCGCUGAAGUCGUUGAAGGGCUUUACCAAGUCAUGAGGAAUGUAGCCCUGGUGGUUUUUAUUUUUUAGAUUUUUUUAGUUCUUUGUAUUGUUAUGAUUGUUUUAGCAUUUAAACGACAAUUGAAGUUGUAGCUGCAGUAUAUACAAUAGUAGUUUAAAAAAAAAAAAAAGUCCAGAUGUAAUAUUUUUGUACAGGGUUGUGUUACUAAACUUUGGCCCAAGGUCAGUUUUUUAUAUAACAAGUGUUUCAUGUAUAAAUAUAUUAUUUUCAUGUGUAAAUAUGAUUUAAAGUCUGGAGCGCCCACAGCAGAAAAGUAUGCCUCACUGUGUCACAUUCCCAUACGAUGGUGUGCUAGGGCCAUUGUAGGUUAAAUAAUACCGAGCUGGGGGAUGGGGUAAUAUUCUGAGGGGAAAAAAAAAUCAGAAUUCCAGACAUUAGUUGUAAAUUUAUAAGGAAAAAAACCUAAAAUAUUAUCGGAGAUGAUGGUCAUAAAUUUGUGAGGGAGGGGGGGGGACCCUCAAAUUGCUAGAUUAAAAAGUCACGUUCAUAAGGAGGAAAAACCCCUCAAUAUUUUCUGAGACAACAAUCACAUACUUCCCGGCUGCAGUGCAUUCUAGGAAAUGUAGUUAAAAAUAUCUUGCUGCUUUAUUCAAGAAGGAAAGACUGUAUUUCCUAUAAGUCUCAGCUCAGUCAUUUAAAAGUUACAGAGAUUUGGACAAAUGAGGAGAAUCCACACCCUGAAAGUAACGGGAAACUGCUCUUGAGCAAUAAUUAUACAUUUAUAAACGGCUAAGACAAAAAAACAUUACACAGAUAAACAAAGCUGUGCGGUUUAUACAUUACAUUUCUCUCCUGUUGCACCAGGAAGCACAACCACCACAUGAUUACCGGCUUCCCGGCAUUCUGGGAAACGUGUUUGAAAAUCUCUUAGCGGUUUAUUCUUUUAUGUUGUGAGAUUGUGGAGGAAAGACAUUUCCUCCUGCAUUUCCUAUAAAGAUGCUGUGGUGUCUGUGGCGUGAUGCUGUUGAUCCAGUUUUGCAAAAAGUGAAAUGACGUAAUUCCUUGACACCGAAAAAAAAAACCCCCACAAUUUUUAUAUUUACUUUUUCUCGUAAAUUUGUGAUUUUUUUUUUUAUUUUUUAUUUUUUUUAAUCUUGGAAAUUUCUUACUUUUAUUCUUGGAUUCUUACCCCUUCGCCCAGCUCUGUAAUGCACAAAAACUACUAUUUUUUCCAAGGUUUUUUUUCUCAUUAAUUUACAAAUGUAAUCUAGGAAAUCAUCUCAAAAUGUUAUCCCUUCCUUCAGCACGGUAUUUCUUUUUCUUUCUUUUUCUUUUUUUUUUUAAACCCUACAAUGGCCCUAAUACGCCGUGGUACUCCAAAAUGUCAUUGGAAACCCUCAGUAUAGUAAGCAGUAUGAAUGUACAAUUCUUAGAUAACUCUGCUGUUCUUGGUGCUAUCGUUAAAUUUAAAUGCUUCAUAUAUAUUUUUAUCUAAACGUCACUGCACUCUUCGAAAGGACUUAAUUGUUUUGGUAACUUAAUAUCAGAAUCACCCACUAAAUCACUUGUACACAUGCAGGCUUUGCACUAUGCAUGUUUAUGAUGAGCUUUUCACAGGAGAAAGCUUUUAAAUUGCAAAUAGCCAGUGUUAAGAAAGAUGCUCUCUACUUUACCUCACAUGCAAGAGAAGAGACCUCAACUGAACAUAUUUUUAUAUUAACACGAAGAGAGAACAUGAUUUGAUUUUCACUUUUCUUGCUUGUCAUGACUCUUUCAUACAACUGAAUUAAAUUUUGUCCUUUUUUUUUUUUUUUUUCCCUUCCCCGGGGGCAUGUUUGUCCUAUUUGAUGCAUUGUGUCAAUAACCACGAAUACUCACGCCUGAGUUGAUCGGUCUUGUUUAGGCAACUAAAAAUGAUAUCCAACUGUACUGUACUCAUCUCCUUUCUGCCAGGUUAAUGCAUUCCUUAGUUUCGUCACUCCUGGACACUGAGACCAAUUUCAUGUCUUUGUUGUAGUAUUGUAGUGUCUUGCGCAUAUAUACGUAUGCACUCACCAUCCACUUUAAUAGGAACACCCGGGAUAAGAGAGGUCAAAGGACAAUGGCCAUCACCUGGUCUUUUUCCAGUCUUUGUCUGGCCAGUUUGGGGGAGUCUGAGCCUAGGAGAGCCUCAGAUUCCUGUUUUUGGCUGAUUGGAGGGGACCUGCUGUUGUAACUCCAUCCAUCCGUUAUCUGUAGCCGCUUUAUCCUGUUCUACAGGGCUGUGGGUAAGCUGGAGCCUAUCCCAGCUGACUAUGGGCAAGAGGCGGGGUACACCCUGGACAAGUUGCCAGGUCAUUGCAGGGCUGACACAUAGACACAGACAACCAUUCACACCUACGGUCAAUUUAGAGCCACUAAUUAGCCUAACCUGCAUGUCUUUGGAGCACCCGGAGGAAACCCAGGGGGAGCGCAUGCAAACUCCACACAGAAAGGCCCUUGUUGGCCACUGGACUCGAACCCAGGACCUUCUUGCUGUGAGGCGACACCGUGCCGCCCUGUUGUAACUCCUCCACCUCAAAGUUUGAUGUGUUCAUGUAUUCUGAGAUGCUUUUCUACUCACCACGUUUGUAAUGAGCGAUUAUUUGAGUUACUAUAGACUUCCUGUCAGCUCCAACCAGUCAGGCCAUUCUUCCCUGAUCUCGCUCAUCAUCAAGGUGUUUCAGCCUGCAAACGUUCUGCACACAGGAUCUCAUCUCAUUAUCUGUAGCCGCUUUAUCCUGUUUUACAGGGUCGCAGGCAGGCUGGAGCCUAUCCCAGCUGACUACGGGCGAAAGGCGGGGUACACCCUGGACAAGUCGCCAGGUCAUCACAGGGCUGACACAUAGACACAGAC